AUGACGAUUCCAGACGAAGUUGAUAUCAUUAUCUGCGGCGGCGGCAGUUCGGGAUGUGUCCCUGCAGGCCGCCUCGCCAAUCUCGAUCAUAACCUCUCUGUUUUGUUGAUUGAGGCGGGCGAAGAUAACUUGAACAAUCAAUGGGUGUACCGUCCCGGUAUCUACCCCAGCAACAUGAAGCUCGAUUCAAAGACAGCGUCUUUCUACCACUCGAGACCAUCUGAGCAUUUAGAUGGACGUAAGGCUAUUGUUCCAUGUGCCAACAUCCUUGGAGGUGGUAGCUCAAUUAACUUCAUGAUGUAUACCAGAGCGUCGGCCUCUGACUACGACGACUUCCAAGCAAAAGGAUGGACUACAAAGGAGCUUCUUCCUUUGAUGAGAAAACAUGAGACAUAUCAGCGCGCUUGCAACAAUCCAGAGCUGCACGGGUCUGAUGGGCCUAUCAAGGUCUCUUUUGGAAACUAUACCUACCCGAUCAAAGAUGACUUCCUUCGCGCGGCCGAGUCUCAAGGAAUCCCAGUUACUGAUGACCUCCAAGAUUUGAAAACUGGACAUGGCGCCGAGCACUGGUUGAAGUGGAUCAACCGUGAUACAGGAAGACGAAGUGAUGCUGCCCAUGCUUAUGUUCACAGUACCCGGGCCAAGCAUUCCAACCUGCACCUGAAAUGCAACACCAAAGUUGACAAAGUUAUUGUUGAGAAUGGCCGCGCCGUCGGCGUAGUAACAAUCCCCACUAAGCCUCUCAACGGAGGAGAACCAGUUCGCAGAAUCUUCCGGGCGCGCAAGCAAAUCAUCAUUAGUGCUGGCACACUCAGCUCGCCUCUGAUUCUGCAGAGAUCAGGAUUUGGCGACCCCGACAAGCUUCGUCGAGCAGGUGUUACUCCUUUAGUAAAUCUGCCAGGAGUCGGUCGCAACUUCCAAGACCACUACUUGACUUUCUCUGUCUACCGCGCAAAGCCAGAUGUGGAGUCCUUUGAUGACUUCGUCCGCGGUGACCCUGAGGUGCAAAAGAAGGUCUUUGAGGAGUGGGAUAAGAAGGGUACUGGCCCGUUGGCGACGAAUGGCAUUGAUGCCGGUGUCAAGAUUCGUCCGACUCAGCAGGAACUGAGCGAGAUGAAGAAGUGGCCCACUCCCGAGUUUGUUGGUGGUUACGACUCCUACUUCAAGAACAAGCCCGAUAAGCCUGUUAUGCACUAUUCUAUCAUCUCUGGCUGGUUCGGAGACCACAUGCAUAUGCCACCUGGCAAGUUCUUUACCAUGUUCCACUUCUUGGAAUACCCCUUCUCCCGUGGCUUCACCCACAUCCAGUCUGCCGACCCCUAUGAGGUACCCGACUUUGAUGCAGGGUUCAUGAACGACAAGCGAGACAUGGCCCCUAUGGUCUGGGGUUACAUUAAAUCCCGCGAGACUGCCCGUCGUAUGAGUGCAUACGCUGGGGAAGUGACUGGCAUGCACCCCCAAUUCUCUCACAGCUCAUCCGCCCGGGCGUUGGAUAUGGAUUUGGCAGUUACAAAGGCAUACGCGGGCAAGAACCAUAUCUCGGCCGGUAUUCAACACGGCUCUUGGACUCAGCCCUUGGAACCCGGGAAGCAGUCUUCUGCCUCCACCCUUAACUCCAACAGACAUGAGGCUCGCGACCCUCUCAAUUACAGUGAUGAGGAUAUCAAGCAUAUUGAGAAGUGGAUCCAACGUCAUGUUGAGACAACCUGGCAUUGCCUGGGAACAUGUAGUAUGGCACCACGCGAGGGCAGCUCCAUUGCGCCGCAAGGUGGCGUGGUUGACGAACGCUUGAAUGUUCACGGUGUCAAGGGCCUCAAGGUCUGCGAUCUGUCAAUUUGUCCCGAUAAUGUGGGCUGUAACACGUUCAGCACUGCACUUCUCAUCGGUGAGAAAUGUGCUAUGCUUGUGGCUGAGGACUUGGGAUACUCUGGUGCCGAUUUGGACAUGAGAGUCCCGACUUAUCAUGCGCCCGGCGAAUUCUCUCACCUUUCUCGCCUGUGA